AUGGGCAAAGUAUUUGUCUGCAUAACGAGUGCAGCCAGCGCUGUCUUCGUUCUCGGCGCUCUGGUGACGAUGACAAUGCUCUACAUCGACAUGAACCAGAUCUACGCCGAGCUGCUGGACGACAUGGCCGACUUUAAGGCCGUCGCCAACGAUGCGUGGAGUGGAAUGCUCCACAUCGAAGGCCCUUCGUAUGGAAAGUCGUUGAAUUCUGGAGCUUUCAAUUUGUUCGGCCGCCACAAAAGAGAAGCCACUUGUGGCUGCAGUCGCAGAUCCAACCGUUGCCCUCCAGGCCCGGUAGGAGCACCCGGAAUCGCCGGCAAAAAUGGCGAUAACGGAGAGGACGGAAAGCCCGGCAAACCGGGAGGCCCCGGAAUUGCUCAGAUCGGAAAUUACGCCAAACUUGGAGGCUGUAUCAAGUGUCCUCCAGGCCCACCAGGACCUCCUGGACCCUUCGGAAAAGCCGGAGAAGCCGGUCCACAAGGUCUCCCUGGAAUCGUCGGACAUCCCGGAUUCCCAGGAAACCCCGGAACCAUGGGACCGCAAGGAGAUUUGGGAGCGCCAGGAGAGGCCGGAACCCCAGGACGCCCCGGUCACGAUGGUCGCGACGGUCGCAAAGUCAACAAUCUUCCCGGCCCGAAGGGUCCCACCGGACCAGUCGGAGCUCAAGGACAUCCGGGAGAGCCGGGACCCACCCCCGAACCCGGAGAGCCCGGCCCCAUCGGAGAAGAUGGACCACCAGGAGACCAAGGAGAAGACGGAAAAGACGGAGCGCCCGGCCCACGCGGCGGAGAAGGACGACCCGGCGCCGACCGAGGAUACUGCAAUUGCCCGAAGCGCGGAGACGCCCAGAAACCAUGGCGAAGAUUCCACUCGUAG